AUGGCGUCGCAGCAGUACGCCACCCCGGUCAAGGGCGGCGCACACUCGUCGACCUCGUCGGCCACGCGUCGCAUCUCGUCGGCCGACCUCGACCAGCUGCUCCGCUCGCCCGCCACCCCGCAGAGCAAGGUCACCGACUUCAACAACGGCAGCAGCGCUACCGGCACUGCAAGCACCAACGACACCAGGCUCCUCUUCCAGCAAAAGGAGCGCGAGAUCGAGUCGCAGAGGCAGGGCCGCGACGCAAACCAGCUCCUCGCACAGCACCAGAACGUCUACGAGCAGAACAAGGAGCGCCUCCUCGACGCCAUCACAGAGACUGGCUCCCUCCUCGCAGACCUCCGCGACUAUAACACCAACAAGCGCAUCAUCCACUAUGCCGCCGCCACCGCCCAACACGCAUCGCCAUCCGCGCCGCAGCCCGGCGCACUGAAGCGAUCCCAGUCGACGCGACCCGGCGCCAGCUUCGACGACAGCGACGCCGCCGGCCGCACCGACACCAGCCGGCCCUUCCACCCGUCGCUGCAGCGGUGCUACACGUCCCAGGCGUCCAGCAGCAGCCUGCCCAACACGCCCGAGCGCAGGGCCCCCGCGCGGUCAUCCACCGCACCCUUCGGCGGCGAGGCCGACGACAUUGACAACGACAACGCCAACGACGACGAGAUGUCGGUGCUCCGCCUCGACCUCCGCGUCGGCGCCGUCGGCGGCACGCCCUCGUCAGCCCUCGUCCGCUCCCUCGAGCGCUCCUCGGUGGCGCAGCUCCUCGACGGCCGCAUGGAAAAGUCGCAGCGCCACCUCGAGAACCUCAAGCAGCGCAUCAGCGACACCCAGUCCAAGGUCCUCGUCACCGGCGACCUCAACGCCGGCAAGUCGACGUUUGUCAACGCGCUCCUCCGCCGCGACCUGAUGCCCACCGACCAGCAGCCCUGCACCACCGUCUUUUGCGAAGUCCUCGAUGCCGACGACAGCAACGGCGGCGCAGAAGAGGUCCACAUGCUCAAGCCGGGCACCGCCUACGACGCCAAGGACCCCUCGACCUACACGCGCCACACCCUGGCCGACAUUGAGAAGAUUGUCGCCGAGGCCGAGGACUUCAGCCCCGAGGACGCGCCCAUCCUCAAGUGCUACGCCCGCGACACGCGCGCCACCCAGGACUCGCUGCUGCGCAACGGCAUCGUCGACAUCGCCUUGAUCGACGCGCCCGGCCUCAACCGCGACAGCCUCAAGACGACGGCGCUGUUUGCGCGCCAGGAGGAGAUCGACGUCGUCGUCUUUGUCGUCAGCGCCGAGAACCACUUCACCCUCAGCGCCAAGGAGUUUCUCUGGAACGCCAGCCACGACAAGGCCUACGUGUUUAUCGUCGUAAACAAGUACGACCAGAUCCGCAACAAGGACAAGUGCCGCAAGCUCGUCCUCGAGCAGAUCCGCCAGCUCAGCCCGCGCACCUACGACGACGCCGCCAACCUGGUCCACUUUGUCGACUCGGGCGCCGUGUUUGGCGCGUCGUCGACGGCGGCUGACGCUACGGUCGUUGACGACGAGGCGACGCCCGCCGACGAGGCGGUCAAGAAGGUCGAAGGCGUUCCCGAGUCGGCUCCCCACUCUGCCUCCGCCGGCGGACUGACGUCGCGCAGCAGCGAGAGCCUGCGCGCCUUUGCGCGCCUCGAGGCGUCGCUGCGCGACUUUGUGCUGCUGAAGCGGUCCAAGUCGAAGCUGCUCCCGUCCAAGACGUACAUGCUGCGCCUGCUGUCCGACAUUGGCUUGCUGGCGCGCAUCAACACGGCGGUGGCCAACGUCGAGCUGGGCGAGGCGAGCCGGGCGCUCGAGGUGGCGCGGCCGGCGCUGGCGCGGUGCCAGGCGAGCCACGCCAAGCUCGAGAGCGUGCUCGAGGGCGAGGAGGACGAGGUGGUGACGGCCGUCAUGCAGGAGGCGCAGCGCAAGCUCAACGCCGCCAUCGAGCUCAUCGGCCGCGGUCUUCCGGCCGUCGAGUCGGUGUCGCUUCCCGCCUACCCGGGCCUGUUCAACGUGUGGGAGUACGCGCAAGAGGUGCGUCACGCGCUGACGGGCAGCCUCGAGGUGGCGCUGCGUGGCGUCGAGGACACGACGCGGGGCACGACGUCGCAGGCCGUCGACCGGGUGCAGAAGAUGGGCGAGGCGCACCUGCCCGAGGGCGUCGAGAAGCGGCAGCGCAUCUUUAACCCGGACGCCAUGUUUGCCAAGCGGCGCUCGCUGCCGGGCCUGGUGGGCCUCGGGUUGACGACCGAGGUGGUCGAAGUGCAGCCGUCGGACUUCUUUGACGCAUGGCACCACUUUGCCGUGCUGACGGGCAGCGGCCAAGGCGGCGAGGGCAAGGACAAGGCGCUGGCGUCGUCGUCGUCGCGGGGCGACGACGAGCUGGGCAUGGUGAGCGGGCUGUCGCUCGGGCUGGGCGCCAUCACGCUGCUUGGCGGCAAGACGCUGGGCGCCAAGACGGCGGUGGAUGCGCUGGUGCGCGUGUCGGACCUGGUGGGCAACCCGACUGCCCGGCGGUGGGCGGGCCCGGUGUUCGCGCUGCUGAGUACGGGGCUGGUCGUCUACUUUAUCGUCGACCUGCCCAACUCGGUGCCGCGCAACGUGGGUCGGGCGCUGCGACACGGGCUGGUGAGCGGCUCGGCGGUGGCCACGGGCGGCGCGGCGACAACCACAACAGUGGCGGUCGGGGACAAGAGCGGCGCUGGCGAGGUGCGCAGCUUUACGGCGCAGCACUCUGCCCGAGUGAGCCGCGAGACGCGCAAGGUGCUGCGGCUUGCGACGUGGGACCUGCAGGAGCGGUUCCGGGAUGCGAUUGCGCAGAAGCGGCAGGAGGUGGAGCGCGAAGAGGCCAAGGCCAAGAGCGCCCAGAUGGCGCUCGAGUACUUUGCCGGCGCCGAGGCCCAGGUGGGGCGGGUGCGCGCCAAGGUCGACGAGGUCGUGGGCCUCGAGACGGCCUAG